AUGUCAUUGCCUCCCGAAGUCCACGCACGCUAUGUUACAAUCAUAGAUUCAAUUCUCGAGAAUGCUGAUCUCACCACAAUCACGACCAAGAGCAUCCGGCAAGGCAUACAAGACCAGGUGGAAUAUGAUAUCACUCCGCAGAAGAAUGCUAUCAAGGCUUUGAUUGGCGAACGGUUUGACAUUGCGAACGCGAAGCGAAAUGGCGAACCUACAGUGGUACCGUCUGUCGAGCCAGCGGAACCCGUAGAGACGACCCCUCAGACCAAUGGUGUUCACCAUUCAUCCGAGAGCUCACCCUCCAAACGCGUGGCAGAGAGCGACGAGGUCUCGGAUCUAGCAGAUACAUCCCCACCGAAGAAGAAGCAGAAAUCUACGGUCGACGCCGAUGCCGCAUUUGCGGCCAAGCUGCAGGCUGAAGAGGAUAAAAUGGCGCGACCAACACGGGGCGGCGGCACUCGCAAAUCGGCCCCCACGAAGAAGAAAAAGAAGCCCAAGAAAGAUCGCAUAACGGCAUCGGAUGAUUCGGAGAUCGAUGGAGAGGAGAAAGAGUCCAAGCCGAAGCGGGAUACAGGUUUCCACAAACCGCUGAAUCUAUCUCCAGCACUUUCAAAUCUCUUCGACGGCGAGACUCAGAUGUCGAGACCUCAGAUCACAAAACGGAUUUGGGCUUACAUCAAGGGUAACGACCUGCAGGAUCCGAGCGACAAGCGCUUCAUUAUCUGCGAUGCCCGAAUGCGAGAGGUCUUCAAGCAAGAUAAGGUCCAUAUGUUCACCAUGACCAAGUUGAUCUCCCAACAGGUUUACAACCCGGACGAAUGA